AUGACCUCCACAAACCCCGACCCCUCCGCCGCAGCCCCGGCCUUCAUCCCCCUCGAAGCCAACCCGGAGCUCAUGACCUCCCUCCUCCACAAGCUCGGCCUCUCCCCCGCCCUCCAGAUCCACGACGUCUACUCCCUCACCGACCCGGACAUGCUCUCCUUCGUCCCGCGCCCCGCCCUCGCCGUCCUCCUCGUCUUCCCCGUCAGCGCCGCCUAUGAGAGCCACCGCCUGGCCGAGGACGCCCUCCUGGACGAGUACAAGGGUAAAGGCCCACAGGAGCCCGUGCUGUGGUUCCGCCAGACGAUCAGGAAUGCGUGCGGUCUCAUGGGGCUGUUGCACGCUGUUGCUAAUGGGCCUGCGAGGGAGUAUAUUCAGAAACCGUCCGACCUCAACACCCUAAUCGAAACCGCAGAACCCCUCGAACCCGUCUCCCGCGCCCAACUCCUCGAGAAGACGCCCGCCCUCGCCACGGCGCACCGCGAAGCCGCGUCCCAGGGUGCGACCGAGGCGCCCGAGGCCUCGGACGACGUGGACCUGCACUACGUCUGCUUCGUGCGCGGCGACGAUGGCACGCUCUGGGAGCUCGAUGGGCGGCGCAAGGGCCCGCUGAACCGGGGGCAGCUCGAGUCCGGGGAGGAUGUGUUGAGCGAGAAGGCGCUGACGUGGGGCCCGCGCAAGUUCCUCGAGAGGGAGGGUGCGGAUUUGCGGUUUAGUGCUGUUGCUUUGGCUGGGUCUCUUGAUUGA